AUGUACGGAAUGUUAUUACAAAGUGUGCAAUAUUUUGUACAGCUGGAGUACGGAGAAGACGUGUGGAAAGAAAUUGUGGAAGCAGCACAAAUCAAACACAGCGUUUUCCAUACCCAUCAGGUAUAUCCUGAUAACUUUAUGUCUGCACUAGCUUCAGCCUGCGCAAAACAACACUCUUUAAGGUAUGAUGUAACUGUAAAGGCAACUGGAAGACACUUCACUGAUUUUCUUGAAAGUGUAGAUAACAUUCAUUCCCAGUUUAUUUUUACUUACCCGAAAAUGAAAAGCCCAUCGAUUUAUUUAACAGAUAUUGAUGCAGGCGGUUGCAUCUUAGUAUACCGAAGUGGACGAUCUGGAUUCACACAAUACGUUAUGGGUCAACUUCAGCAAAUUGCAAAGGACUUCUUCAAUCUUUCUCUUAAUGUUAAGGUUCUGGACAAAGCGAGUUCAGCCAGUGGCUCAAAAAACACAGUUAUCGUAACUUACAGAUUGGAUUUCGAUAAUAAAGCUUAUAUAUUACAUAAAUCGAAAAGAGAGUCCUUCCAUCAAUACAAACAAUUAUCGGCAUUUCCUUGCUCCCUAUUAUUGGAAUUAUUUCCCUUCGGUAUAAUCAUUAAUCCAGAUAUGAAAAUUAUGGGUGGUGGAGAAAAGUUGGUGGAAAUUUGGAGAGGAGAGGAAAGUUUCCUGAAUAAACCUGUCAUUAAAUAUUUUAAACUCAGGAGACCCAAAGGCAUACCUUUCAACUGGAAAAAUACACUCAAUUUGAGGGCUGUGAUGUUUGAAUUAGAAUGUAAUAGAGGAUCCAGCGAUUUCACUUUGGAAGCCGAACAUACUUUAGAUGACGAAAAAGAAAAGGAAAAAGAAAAAGGAAAUUCUCCACAGCCGGGUACAAAAAAUAUUUUACUGAAAGGUCAAAUGAAGUAUAUAAAGGACAUCAAUGCAAUCAUUUACUUAUGCAGUCCAAUAAUAAAUGAUUUGGAUGAAUUACCAGACCAAGGUAUAUAUUUAAAUGAUUUAAAUCAUCAUGGAUUAAGUAAAGAAAUGGUGCUGGCUGGUUGGCAACACAAUUCAAAAUUGGAAAUGAUGUUUGACAAAGCUGAAGAAAGGUCUGAUGAACUACAAAAAAGUUACGAACUACUGGACACUUGGAAGAGGAGAGGUGACGAUUUGUUAUAUUCAAUGAUACCUAAAACCGUGGCUGAUAGACUGCGUACCGGUCAAUCCCAUUUAAGUACUUGCGAGUCAUUUGACAGUAUUUCCAUUAUGUUCUGCGAGUUAGUUGGAUUAACAUCCAAGACUGUCGAAGAAACCAUGGAAAUGGUUACAAUAAUGAAUGCGGCAUUUUCUUGCUUUGAUGCUAUAAUGGACAGAUUUAGUGCUUAUAAGGUAGAAACUGUCGGACAAAUAUAUAUGGCGGCCAGUGGAGCCCCAGAAAGAAGGGAGGAUCACGCAGAACUUAUUGCCAAUGUUGCUCUCACAAUGAUUCGAGAAGUGAAGGAAAUAAGUGUUCCUUCUGGAAAAGGAGUGGAUAUUCGAAUAGGAAUUCACUCCGGAUCUGCAGUGGCUGGAGUUGUAGGAUUAAAAGUUCCCCGAUACUGCUUCUUCGGUGAUACAAUUAACACUGCGUCAAGAAUGCAAUCAACAAGUUUGCCGGGAAAAAUUAAUAUAUCGUCCGGAACGAAAAAACUUCUCAAGCCGGAUAAAUUCAAGAUAGAAAAUCGAGGAGUUGUUCAAGUGAAAGGUAAAGGAGAAAUGAAUACGUUUUGGCUGUGCGAAAUAUAACAACUUGUGGCCGUUUUAGUUCUGUGUAGAUAAUGAAAAAUAAAACUAAACAUUUACGGUUUAUAUUUA